AUGGCUUUCCCCUCGGAAUCACCCCAGCCUUUGGUAGUGACGUCUGAUAUUCUUGACGCCACCUUCGUCUCGCGCCACCCUCCCGAUAUCGAGAGAAACGCUGCCGUUGUCGGUCUCUGCACCGUAGCGCCUGGCCGUGAGGGACACGAUGAUCUUGGCUGGCACGUCGCUGAUUUCAUGGCGUUCAAGGCUCUGUUCGCGCCGUACGUCAACCCCAGAAGCCAGGCAUGGCUUUCGCUGGUCGACGCGAACAAGGCAGCUGAGCAACACGGAUAUAAGCACAGCGGCUGCAGCAUCAGCGACGGCUUGGACGCCGAAAAGGAUGAUGUUGCCAUCCACGUCGAGUCCUCUGCAGACAACCUCUCCAUCGAUUUCAUCAGCCAGCUGGCAGCCAAGGCCAAGCUCGCCCAGGAGAACGAUGACCCGCUCGUCAUCAUUGUCUGUGGCCUUACUUCACUUGAGCAGGACGUCUACUUUGGCGACAGUGACUACAAGAUUGCCAUUACAAGCGUUCAGAUCCGACGAGCCAUCAAUGCUGAUAUCCGUGUAAUCUUCGUCACUCCCUCGUUGACGUCGGCUGGUUGGCAGAUCAACCCAUCUUUCAUGCGCAACCUCUCAUCUAAGGACCAAACCCAGGCCGCAGGCAACGCGUAUGACUUCAGAGCCCGACAGUGUGGCGCAAUUUUUGCGAGAGAGAUUGUGAUGCAUUUCUUCAACCACGGGUCGCCCUUCAUCCCUGAAUCGGAGGCGGACCCAAAGAGAUACAGCGAUAGGGUAGGUCCUGUCCGCUUGGACGAGGGACAGGCUAAAGCUGGCGAUAACUUCGCCGCCGAAAUUCACGCUUUGGCUGCCAGUCGACUGCUCCCGGAUCGUGGAAGUCAUGUCUUCUGCUUUGAUGAUAACAGCGACCCAUGGCAAAUGCUAGUUGGGCCCCGCAGAGGUAUGAAACUUGUCAAGAUGUCUGAGCAAUGGGGUAAGGUCAGCAAGAGCACCGCCGCUGGUGCUGAUAGUGCUCAGGAUAUCCGCAGUACUAACCACGUGGCAACGGAUGGGCUCCACGAUCAAGCCAUGGUUUUCUUAGGCGGUGCCUUUGGAGGCAGCAAGAAGUCUCAGAAGAAUCACAUCAAGCAUUUGAUCAAGGAGUCAUUCAGAUGCUGGCCCGGUUACUACGCCACCACCUUCGGCGAAGACCUUCGGAAAGGACUGGAGCUCUUUAUGCAUCGUGAUUCCAAUGACAACGUUGACUGGCAUGAAAUGUUCAAUAUUAUGGAACACCGACUUACCCUCAACGUCUUGGGAGACAUGGUCACGAAGAAUCUUGGCAUUUUAAGUGCUUCUAGUGCCCGCUGCCGAGAUGGGGAUGAGGCCAAGUCGUCCAAGGAUAUGGUGAAAUCCCAAAAGACGCUAUACAACCAGACAUUCCUGGAAAUCAAGCAAGCGCUUCCCCCAACCCAGAUGCCCAUCAUUCAGAACCUCCGAGUUCAUCAAGCAGGCCUCUUACUCAAGGACACCAAUAUCCAGGCUCCAGGAGCUGCAUGGUUUCAAAGCAUCGGAAUUGCCAGCAUGUUCACCGCAAACACCAAGCACACCCAGACACUAUCUCCGAAGCAGACAGACCAGAGAGCCGCUCAUAAGGUUGGAAGUCCCGUCCAUAGCAGAAUUCGCUCAACCGAGUCCGUUCUGUCACCUGAGGCUAUGCCCUUUGUUCCACUGACCGAGAGUGCGACGAAUCCCUCCAUCCCAAACGAAUCUGCCACAGACAAGAACAGACUUGCGGAUGCAGUAGCUGGCCAUGCGGGUCCUGCCAGAUUGUCUGUUGAGAAAUCAAACAAACACGCCACGUCGAUCGAAUCGUCCGAUGAAACCAAGGAGAAUGUACCUAUGACGUUACAGUCACAGACUGAACAUGCCACAAAUGCUCCGGUUCCACAAUUGUCGAAGCAGGUGGAGGAUCGCAGCUCUGAGGCGUGGGUGCCUCCUCAUCUUCGCCCCUUGGUGCCCAAGGCCCUUGAACCGGCCCGCAACCACUCGCCUUUACCUCAUGAGCGGACUGGACAUGCUCAUGCAACUGUUGAUCAGACCACAGCACAGGCACCGGCCUCAGUCGCCCCUGUUUCCGAAUCGCCAUCGACCCCGAGAUCACGCGUAGGUGAGCACCAUGUUCCUACGGAGCAUCGCAAUCUUCCGCCGCACUUGCGACGCGCUCCAACACAGAGCUCCCCUGUCAUCAAAUACCGCUGA